UAUCACACGCACGCGCGCGCGCUCAUUUCAGCUCGCUGCUGUGUGUUUGUGUGUGUGUUCAUAUUAGCAUGGAUCUCUCUUAUCAAGCCAUAAGGACUGCUAAUCAGGCCAGAGAGGCGGAGGAACUCAGAACAGAGACGCGCAGGAGAAAUUUACUGGUUUUGAUUUAUCAUCAUUUAAUGGAGGAGGGGUAUAUGGAUUCAGCUAAAGCCUUAGAAAAAGAAAGCAGUUUUGCUUUAUGCCGUUUUGAGGUGUGUGAUAAUGUUGACCUGGAGACCGUUCUUAUGGAAUAUGAGAGUUAUUAUUUAAUAAAGUUUCAGAAAUAUCCCAAACUGACAAAGAAACUGACAGAACAAGGAGAGAGUCGGCUAGUAAAGAGCUGUGGUAAAAGAAGGAUGUCAUCAUCCAGUCACACACUCCCAAAACUCAGCUCCAUCCAGCGACCUCCAUCCAGAAACACUGUUAAAAAGACUGAAUCUAAACUAACAGGAAGAGACUCCAGCAAAUCCAGUGAAGGAGAGCGGCUGACUCCUGCGGACGCAUCAGGGUUUGGUCUGAACGUGUCUCCUCUCAUCAGGACCGGGGCAGAAGAGGGGACACACAUGAGAAAGGUUGAUUACAGGAGUCUUAUUCCUGGUGCAGUUAAAGACUCAGUCCUGCCCUGCACAGAUCUCUCAGAGCGUUUGCUGAAACCCAUAAGUGCCUUCACUGGGAUGAACAGUGAUAUGAAGGAACUUGCGGUGGUUAUUAGCAGAAUACAUACACAAGCUGGGACAUGUAUUAUUGAAGAACUCCAUUUCAUCUUUCUCUCCUGUCUCUCCAUAAAGGAUAUCUAUUUACACAACCCCAACGUGCGCUGGGACGACAUUAUAGGCCUGGAGGCUGCCAAGCGAUUAGUCAAAGAAGCUGUCGUCUACCCCAUUAAGUAUCCGCAGCUGUUCACUGGAAUUCUGGCACCAUGGAAGGGUUUACUCCUAUAUGGACCGCCAGGCACAGGAAAGACGAUGCUGGCCAAAGCUGUGGCCACGGAGUGCAACACAACAUUCUUCAACAUCUCUGCAUCCAGUAUUGUCAGCAAAUGGAGGGGAGACUCUGAGAAGCUGGUUCGGGUUUUGUUUGAGCUGGCAAGAUAUCAUGCUCCAUCCACCAUUUUCUUGGAUGAGCUGGAAUCAGUGAUGAGCCAGCGAGGGGUUGGCCAAGGAGGUGACCAUGAGGGCAGUAGAAGGAUGAAGACGGAGUUACUAGUUCAGAUGGAUGGACUGGCACGAUCAAACGAUCUUGUCUUUGUGCUUGCUGCCUCAAACUUACCUUGGGAGUUGGACCAUGCCAUGCUGAGAAGACUGGAGAAGCGUAUACUGGUGGGUCUGCCAUCUGCCCCUGCCAGACAAGCCAUGAUCAGUCAUUGGCUGCCUCCAGUUAGUAACACAGGUGGGGUGGAGCUACGGACAGAGCUGGACUAUGACUCACUGGCACAGAGGACAGGAGGUUACUCUGGGUCAGAUAUCAGGUUAGUGUGUAAGGAGGCCGCUAUGAGACCUGUGCGAAAAAUCUUUGACGCCCUUGAAAAUCACAUUGAAGGUCAGUCCAAUAUGCCGGUUAUUGAACUAGAAACUGUGACCACAGCAGAUUUCCUGGAGGUGAUUGCUCACACCAAACCGUCAGCCAGAUGUCUGAUGGAUAGAUACUCGGCCUGGGAGCAAGAGUACGAAUCUGUCUGACACAUGAUCUCAGUAAAACACAUGGACUGUUAUUACAGCAACCAACACGUUUUCACCGCACUACAACCUACUCUAUUUAUAACAACAUGCUGUGUUUCUCACUAGAAAAACAUUUUAAAGGAAAUAUUAAAAAUGAUUUUCAACUACA